UUGCCAAGGAGCCACAUUUCACUCUCGUUCCCGGAUGAGUGACAGUCGCGAGCGUUAAACCCCAUCGUUUUUGUUUGUUUGUUGUUUUAGACCCAAUUAUUGAAAUUCGUAGAUUUUUUUUGGUUUGCACGUGUGCAUAUCGAGGUGGCGGAUGCGGCUUUCGACUCGGGAGACGUGUGAGUGAACCGGCGCGGGGACAGCAUGGUCUCCCCGAGUCUCUGCCGCUCUCCGUGAACCAUGGCCGACCUGGAUAAAGCGCUACAGGAUCUCCGGCUCUUUGUUCAGUCCGGGUCUGCAGCACCAGGGCAAACUGGGAGGACAACCAUAAUUCAGACUUCAGAAGCGGAUCCAUCGGCACGCAUGAUCAGCCAAAAAUCCAACAAGAAGAUUUCAUUCGAAGGCCUGAGCGUGUCUGGAUCAGGGGCUCAGGUGACGGCUGGGGGGGCGGGGGGCUCGCAGCACACCGACCUUCUCAUCCUGGAGGAGGGUGACCUGGCUGCGUCCGGCUCCGCCGGUCUCUCUCAGUCGUCUUCUGCGUGGAGCUCCGGCGGCGGCGGGUUGCUGCUGAGCUUUGACUCGGUUGGUGCGGGGGCCGGGGGUGGCCUUGCCGAACGAGCGAUCUACGAAGAAGUCCGCUACGGCGGCGCUGACGGGGAAGCCCAGGGCUUCACCACGGCGGGCCGACAGGUGGAGACCGCCUGGUCCUCGGGGCGUGGAGGAGGUUUCGUCUCGUCGGGAGCAGCGGCAGGUGGCGAGGUGCUGGCGAGGGACCGGCUGGAUCUGUCUUCGGGGUCUUCGGGUCGCACGUUCGCCGGCGAGGUGAGAGGCGGUGAGUCCGGCUCUUUCUCCUACGCUCACUCAACGUCCGACGCGCAGCUCAUUGGGGGUGGAGGCACCAAGGUCGUUCAUUCUACCACGACGAGCGGCGGAGGUGGUGGAAGCUGGUGGCGGAGGGGCGGUGGUGGUGGUGGUGGAGGGGCCGUGGGCCAAAGUGUCAUCCAGACCACGACCAAACGAAUCGAGCACGGCCCCGUUGUGGGCGCGACCUUCAGCACCGGCAGCCGAGGAGGAGGUGGCGAGGUGACUCAUCAGUCAUCUCUGGUGUCCGGUCCGAGUCGUGGUCAGUCGGGGACUCAGGUCACCAGCCGCGCCGUGGAGAAGACAGUGUCACCCAGUGGGAUGCCCGCCUUGCCGCCCAAGUCCGGCACGACCGUGACCACAGCCGCUCACUCCUCCCGCAAGUCCACGGGCGUGACCCCUGCCACGCCGCCCAGCCCGGGUGGCGCCGCUCGCUCGGCCACGAUGAGCUCCACGCAGUUCGGGACCCGGGGCCGCUCCCCCCUCUCCAGCCUGGAGCGACGCAGCGCCAAGCCCACGGUCAACUUGAGCUACGACAUAGGAAGCUCGAGUGACAAUUCUUCCCCCGAAGUCACCCGCAAGGAAAUCAAUGUUGCACGAGGUAGAAGCCAAUCUCGAGAGAGCCAGAUCCGAGCUCGCCUGCAGAGCGCUUCUCCCGACGGACGAUGGGCCGACCUGAACGACGUGAAGCGCCUUCUGCGCGGCACGCGCUCCUCCAGCUCGAGCCCCCCGCGCACGCUGCCCAUCCCCAAGAAGCCCCCCCUGCCCAGCAAGAGAGAGGAGCGCUCCGAUGAGGAGGCCCUCAUCAAAGUGGACGAGAGCAUUUCAGUGUACGGGCAGUACGGGAUGGAGUCAUCGAAGGCAGGCGGUGGCAUGGACCCCAAGCUGUCGGCAUAUGCCAUGCACGCCAGCCUGCCCGGGGGAGCCCCGAUGAUGGCGCAGGCGGCAUCGGCGGGGGGAGGAGGAGGAGUUGGAGGAGGAGGCGGAGGAAUUGGCUUUCGUGGGGGCAGCCAGGCCAUGCAAGGUGGCUACGGCAUGAUGGGAAUGCCCAUGGGAUCCGGGCAGCACCACGGCAUGGGUCCCAUGUACUCAGAUGCCAUGAUGCAGAAGCAGGCUGAGCAGCAGUUUCUCGUCAACGACCUCAAAGGAGGACCCAUGUUUCAGCCGGAGUUCUUCCCUAAAUUGGAGUCGGAGAAGCAGUAUUUUGUCAACAACCUCAGAGCUGGACAACUGGAGGAAGAGAAGAGGCAGUUAAUGGCAGCGUCUGCGGCCAGGAAAGGGGACACCAUCGACUCACGGGCCGAGACAGUCGUGAUGAGCAAGGCAGUCGGCGCCGAGAAGGCGGCGGUGAUGGAGGUGCGCACGAAGGAGAACGGAGGGAAGGUGUGCGCCUGCUGCUCCUGGUGGAUGUUCAUCCUGGCGCUACUGCUCGCCUGGCUCUUCCUGCUUGGGCUGCUCCUGGGCCUCCUCUCCCUCGCGAACGAAGUAUCGUCGCUGAAGAGCCGCGUCAUCGAUCUGGAGGGGCAGAAGACGUCAGACGGCGUGCGGCUGCGUCAGGUGGGCAACCAAGUGUUUCUGGAGGGGGCGCUCACCGACUCCGACAUGGGGGCCAGCGGCGGGAGAAGCGGCUCCUCGUUGGGGGCUGCCGGCGGCCGUGGCCGCUCCGGGGGGGGGCUCGCCGACCUCAACGAGGCCGGCCUGGAGAGCCUCAUCACCAGCAUCCUCGCCUCUGAGAUGCGGUCCGACAACAUCGUGGCCCGGUUCAGAGGUCAACAGGGAGACAAAGGAGACAUUGGACAGAAAGGUUCAAAGGGAGACUCAGGCGAUCGAGGUGCAGAGGGCACGGUCGGCUUCCCUGGCAUCAGAGGGGAUCCCGGAGUGCAGGGAGAAGUCGGUCUGCCAGGCCCCAAGGGUCAGCCUGGUUUACAAGGAAUGGCUGGACCACCCGGGCCAGAGGGACCGAAGGGAAUUAAAGGAAGCCAAGGGGAGCCAGGCACUGAGGGGCCUGCCGGGCCAAGGGGCAGGGAGGGCCUGCCCGGCCCACGCGGAGAAACAGGGCCUCCCGGGGCCGGGGAGAAGGGAGAGCGAGGUGGCCUUGGAGAAUCAGGUCUCCCUGGGUCCCCUGGUCUGCCUGGUUCUAUUGGUCCUAAAGGUUUGCAAGGCAUUCAAGGACCACCUGGAUUCCAAGGCAGUCCCGGCACGGCUGGUUCCAAGGGUGAUGCAGGAACCCCUGGUGCGAAAGGUGAUAAGGGCAUUGACGGAGCUCCUGGAGUUAAAGGCGAGGCUGGUGAACGAGGACAGAGAGGUGCUGCCGGCGAAGUGGGUGCUCGAGGUCCUGCCGGGACCCCUGGGGAGCCCGGAGUCAAGGGGGUGGCAGGUGACGGUGGUGCUGAGGGGCGGCCAGGAUCCAGAGGCGAGCCAGGGCUUGUUGGACUUCCUGGGCCGAGGGGACCUCAAGGAAACCAAGGCGCUCAAGGCCCACAAGGACCACCCGGGCAAGCAGGUACUCCUGGAGAGCCAGGGAAACCAGGAAUCCCUGGAGAAGCAGGCUCUAAAGGAGAAACUGGCAAUCCUGGAAAGAUUUUGAAUUUCGACGGCUCGCAGAGCUUUGCUGUCCCCGGCCCCCCUGGUGCCCCUGGCCCCCCUGGCCAACCCGGAGUUCAGGGAGUUCCAGGCAUUUUGGGACCUUCAGGAAGUGCAGGCAUCCCAGGAGAGAAGGGAGAGAGAGGAGACCGAGGACCCAAGGGAGACCAGGGAGAGCCAGGGGACAGGGGCCCGCCUGGACGAGCCAGAGCGACCGAUGAGGUGCAAGGCAUCCCGGGACCCCCGGGACUUCCCGGACCCCCCGGGCCUCCUGGGCCUAAAGGCAGAGAUGGGUUAUCGGGCUCAGGAUCAGAUGUUCAGGGGCCACGCGGAUUACCAGGGCCUCCGGGCCCCCCAGGUCCUCCAGGUGCGGGCUCAAUUGGCCCUCCCGGAUUGACAGGACCACCUGGACCGAAGGGCGACUAUGUCACUGGACCACCAGGGCCGAUGGGGCCUCCAGGAAAUGACGGGAAACCUGGGGAGCAGGGGCUGCCCGGUCUCCCAGGUUCAGUCGGCAAUCCUGGUAACGCGGGUCAAGGGCAACCAGGAGAGCCCGGUCCACCCGGAAUCCCAGGCUUUGCUGGACCACCAGGACUGGAUGGGCCAUUGGGUCCACCUGGGCAAAAAGGAGAUGUUGGUGACACUGGAUAUCCAGGCCAGCCAGGAGAACCAAGCCGAGAGCCAGGCCCACCUGGGUCUCCUGGUCAGCCAGGCUACCCAGGAGAUCCCGGCCCACCCGGGGAAUACGGCGCCACUGGCCAACCUGGCGAACCCGGCCCUAUGGGCCCACCUGGGAGCCCUGGAACACCGGGCGAGAAAGGCGAAAGCGGAGAUCCCGGCGUGCCCGGAGCUCCAGGAAUCCCAGGGCGGCCUGGUGCCCAGAAUGGACCAGGGCGUGGUGGCGGUGUUGUGGGAAUUCCUGGGCCACCAGGACCUCCUGGCGCACCGGGACCAGCAGGAGGGCCUCCAGGACCAUUGGGUGCUCCAGGGCUCCCUGGCCCUGCAGGGUCUCCAGGUGUACCUGGUUCCACCCUCCCUAUCGGAGCCUUUGCGAGGUUUGUGGGGCCUCCUGGGCCACCUGGACAACCUGGCAAGGGCUCAGAAGACGGCGGUUUUGGCAUGAAGGGACAGAAAGGGGAGCCGGGCAUUCCAGGUGCAGCAGGAGUUCCCGGGGCAACUGGUCAAGAGGGACCUGCAGGACCCAAAGGAGACAGAGGUGACUCUCCAUACAGACGGAGGAGAAGCAUCGCGCUAUAACACAAUUUACUAACAGAAUUCAAGACGUGUACAUAUAUCGUAGUUAUGGGACUUUUUCUUCCUUUUGUACAUGCAUGCCUGUAAACAUGUGUAUGCCCCAAGUCAAAUAAGGAGGGUGUAUUGUUACGCAUUAAUGCUUACAUUGCAAUUACAUAUAUAUAAAAAAAUUUAACCAAUUAGAAUAGCAUUUUGUUGAAACCAAUCCAAUGUAAUUGUCAUAUUACUCCAGCCUUAAAAAAAUAUACAAAUGAGCCCCAGCCACUCUUAACAUGUGCAUAUUUUAUUCCAAUUCCCUCUUCCCAACACUAUAAUCAUUUUUUUAAAUGUGGCCUUCCCUGUUUCCCACCUCUGGUUUACUACGAACAUAACCUUGCCAUUGUUUGACAGUGUGAUAAACUUAUACUAGGUACAUUAAAGUAACACUUUUAAAACAAUCAAGAUAAAAAAAAUUGAAUAUAUCAGUAAAAUAUUACUAUAGAGGGUUGCUAACCCUCGAGUUGUAUCCGCUUGUGGCGAGUACCGUGUAUUGUGGUACAAUAGUUAGCGCGCUGCCCUCUAUGAACCCGGGGAGCCAUUAGAUUCCUGGCCACACCUAACACGUGACACCAAAAGUCCUGCCCUUGUCUUUACAAACCCACACUGCAGCUUGAAGUGUGGUUAAACAAAAAAACACCCAUUGGCCAACACGGCUUGGAGGAGGCCAUCAUCCAUUGGUGGAUGUAGAGGGGCUGUAUUUUAUUCAUUAUAACUGCUUCCAAUGAGAUCAGCAUCCAGCAAGGAGUCAGGACAAUGAGGCUGGGAGUUUGAGGGCAGCAUCACUGAUGAAACAUGGAGUUGGAUUGAAAAGCUUGUAAUUGUACUGCUAAUUAUUACCCAUCUUAAUUCAGUGAAACUAGGCUAGCUUUUUGUUAUAGUAAACACACAAAAGAGGCAGAAUACAUCACUACAAACAUUGCAUUUUAUUGACUGCAAAUGAGAAGUCAAACAUACAGGUUAGACUACUGUAAAGUGUUCUCUUCGGUAUUGUGGCUUCAACGUGUGGUUGUAGGAUUUUGACAACAGCUUUCCAUUUCUCUGACAACAGUUAGGCACUCAAAUUAUUCACCUGCCAUGCUCAGAUACCUCGUGGGGCUUUAAUAAGACAUGUUAUCCUUUCAACCUCAUCUUGAAGGCCUUAACAUUAAAUUAAAUUGCAUUGAGGUCAUGAGGUCAACACAGAAAUAGCUGUCCUAUUAAAGCGGCACUUCCAAGCAAUGACUAUUGAGAACCAAUCUCUAAGAUUGUUUCGCAAGUAAGUAGGGAACAUGAAGUGUCUAUGUGAAUGCCUUGAGUUUAUAAACUUCUACCUUUCCUUUCAACUUCAUGCUUGAUAGCCAGAAGAAGCAUUAUGGACGAAGCAUCUGUCCAAACACAGCCCAUCCUAAGCUUAACUGCGUUCAGCAUGACACUAUGUCAUCGACAAGAUAUUCCAUGCACGUGCAUAAAGAAAAACGGGACUAGGUACACAUCCUAUUCAAGUACUCGAGAAAAUAACAGUAGCAAAUUGACCAGUUUUUAGAGAAUAAAAGGUGUCAGCUGUCCACAACCAUUUACAGUAGUAUAACACAGCUUGUUUUCCUUUGAAUACAGGGCGCCUAUUUCCCAACUUUUAAAUCACAAUGUCACAACAUGAGAUGGGAGGGUGGGGGGGGUAUUAACAGCUUUCCUACUGCCGCAUGCUAUACUCCUACACAUACCAGCGGCUUCAGAGCACAUUUUAUCAGGCUACCUUCACUCUGAAUUAGUCUUUAAAAGGGCACGGUAAAAUAACAAUCUGAACUGUACGUGAAAAAAUAUACUGUUUAACACAACACCGAAUGUCAACUUUGUCACUCGAUACGUUUUACGGCACCCUUUUAAAUAAAACUUUCAAAAAUAUUAUCCGGACACGAUCUUUGUCCUCCAAAAGCAGCAUCAAAAUCAAAAAGAUAAACAGUUCAAACAUGCAAAUUCUAAUGUUUCAUACACAUUUAGCAAGCCAUGUUAUAAGUCCACAGGUUUAUCAAAACUCCACGGCAACAUGUUGUAAUGUAAUUUUUCUAUCAAUUUAUAGCAUAUGCACUGAGCUACAUCAAACGCUAUAUAGACGGUAUAUUUUGUACACGUUUUUGUUACAAAAAAAUAUAAGCUUGUUUGUUAAAUCUAUGCAACGUAGAUUUCUAUUGCUUUCGCUUUUAUUCAAGUUGCGCAUCUAUCCAUCCAUAUAUAGCAUUCAUAUGAAUAAUAUUUGCAUUCACCCGAAAAGUCGCUGCUGCAUAAUACUGUGGCCCAUCUACGGCACUACAAUACUAUCUGGCUAAAGGUUGAUGGGGAGGGGAAAGUGCUUAAGUGAUCUGGUGAAAUUUGGUGUUAAAAACCACUCUGUGAAAACUCGUUACGGACAUCGGCCAUCGGGCUGAAUAUUCCUUACCCGCGUCAAAUAAAACCAAUUAGCCACCAUCCAUGACUAUAGUCUGCACAGCAUACACCGUGGUCCCUUUUACACUAUGCUUCCAUGUGCUUUUAAUACUGUCCAUUGAUGUUAUUUUAUUAUUUCGCUUUACAAAUUACGUCAAAAAUUUGCUGCUUAAACCUGUCUCACCCAAACCUUAUAGUAAAGUUCCAUCCUGUCCAUUAUUCUUAGCAUAGAUUAUGCAUUUUCCCUUGGCUCAUUUUAAUUGUCAGGCUAUAGCUAUGACCACUUUGGAAGGGGAUUUCAAAGCAAGGUUCAGGUGGGAGGGUAUAGUUCUAUAAUUCGCAUCUAGAAUCAAACAACUGUUAAAAGCUUAACUGCAAUCAAGAGUAAACAAUUCCACAUCUGGUUGAAAAGUUAGGAAUGCAUUACUGUGGUUUUGUAAAAUAAGCCCGUCAAAUAAUGUUCAAUUAUUUUAAUAUCACACCCUUUAAAUUUCUCAACAUUACAUAAAGCAUUAACGUGUGUAAUGUGUUUUGAUAUUUCCAAUGUGGUUAUGAAUUGGAGGUGCUACACUGUCUGAUAUUGUUUAUCAAUUGACCAAUGUCAAACUAUAACAUUUUCCAAGUGUUUGCUUUGAAACCAAGAUUAUGACAAUACAUUUUAAAAUGGAAACAGUAAUGUAGUUGAAGUUUAAAAAAAUAACGGUACGAUUAACAGUUUGCUACAAUGUUAUCCAAGUCAACAAUCACAGUUUACACAAGGCUUUUGUGUGAUAAAUGUUCUGCAAGUACAAAAAAAAUAUGAUUUUAAAUUAGUAAGCAUCUGCAUUCCAGUGUCAACAGCCAGCAGAAAUUUUUUCAGAAGCCAGUUGACUGGGAGGUCGUGACUGGGUAGAACUUGGCGAUACGGCUGGGGGCACUGGGGUUCAAGCACUCCGAUUCGCCACUCGUGGCAAAAAACAUCUCCUGCUCUUGCCGCUUUCGUGCGAACUCCUCCUCCAGUGCCUACGGAGGGGCAUGGCAUUGGCAGGUUAGGUAACGUGGUCAGGUCGACGGAAGUAUUAAACGUAUUUAUGAUUGAAUACCGUAACACGGGACAAACAUCUGCACGCGAGUGUGCGCAAGCUCCACCUGCUUGCGUGGGCGAAGCUUGUCGCGCCACGUCUUCAGCUCCUGGGUGUGCUGCUCAUCCAGCUCCUUCAACUUCAUGGUCUCAUGCUCCACCAGUAGGUGACACUUCUCAUUCUAAACCACAAGCAAAAUUAAACUGGAUCAUAUGUA